CUCCCCAGCCCAGCCCGUGGGCCGCGCCGCCGCCCCCAGCGUCGCCCCUCGCCUGCCCGCCCGCCUUAAAUGUGACACCGGCGCCUCGGAGUGCGACCCGAAGCCGCCGCCGGGGAGGGGACGAGCACCAUGUCGAAUCUGAGCAAAGGCACGGGCAGCCGGAAGGACACCAAGAUGCGGAUCCGGGCCUUUCCGAUGACCAUGGAUGAAAAAUAUGUAAACAGCAUUUGGGACCUUCUGAAAAAUGCAAUUCAAGAAAUCCAGCGUAAGAAUAACAGUGGUCUUAGUUUUGAGGAGCUCUAUAGAAAUGCAUAUACAAUGGUUUUGCAUAAACAUGGAGAAAAGCUCUACACUGGACUAAGAGAAGUUGUUACCGAACAUCUCAUAAAUAAGGUGCGAGAAGAUGUACUAAAUUCAUUGAAUAACAACUUUCUUCAAACACUAAAUCAAGCUUGGAACGAUCAUCAGACAGCUAUGGUGAUGAUUAGAGACAUACUAAUGUAUAUGGACCGUGUGUAUGUACAACAAAAUAAUGUGGAGAAUGUGUACAAUUUGGGAUUAAUUAUUUUUCGAGAUCAAGUUGUACGUUACGGGUGUAUUAGGGAUCACCUACGACAAACGCUGUUGGAUAUGAUUGCCAGAGAGCGGAAAGGAGAAGUUGUAGACCGAGGCGCAAUAAGAAAUGCUUGCCAGAUGUUAAUGAUUUUAGGUCUCGAAGGACGAUCAGUCUAUGAAGAAGAUUUUGAGGCUCCUUUUUUGGAAAUGUCUGCAGAGUUUUUUCAGAUGGAAAGCCAGAAAUUUUUAGCAGAAAACAGUGCUUCAGUAUAUAUAAAGAAAGUAGAAGCUAGAAUUAAUGAAGAAAUAGAACGAGUGAUGCACUGCCUUGACAAAUCAACUGAAGAGCCAAUUGUAAAGGUGGUUGAGAGGGAACUCAUUUCCAAGCACAUGAAAACUAUAGUAGAAAUGGAGAAUUCGGGGCUAGUACAUAUGUUGAAAAAUGGAAAGACAGAAGACCUUGCUUGCAUGUACAAGUUAUUUAGUCGUGUGCCAAAUGGUUUGAAAACAAUGUGUGAGUGUAUGAGUUCCUACUUGAGGGAACAAGGUAAAGCCCUUGUUUCUGAGGAAGGAGAAGGAAAGAAUCCCGUUGACUAUAUCCAGGGCUUAUUGGAUCUGAAGAGUAGGUUUGAUCGCUUCCUCCAGGAAUCGUUUAAUAACGACCGGCUCUUUAAACAAACUAUUGCGGGUGACUUUGAGUAUUUUCUCAACCUCAACUCCAGGUCCCCUGAAUACCUCUCAUUAUUUAUUGAUGAUAAGCUGAAAAAGGGAGUCAAAGGGCUAACAGAACAAGAAGUAGAAACAAUAUUGGAUAAGGCAAUGGUCCUUUUUAGGUUUAUGCAAGAAAAAGAUGUAUUUGAACGUUACUAUAAACAACACUUGGCAAGGAGACUUCUCACAAAUAAAAGUGUUUCUGAUGACUCUGAAAAAAAUAUGAUUUCUAAGUUAAAGACUGAAUGUGGAUGUCAAUUCACAUCAAAACUGGAAGGAAUGUUUAGGGAUAUGAGCAUCUCAAACACAACUAUGGAUGAGUUCAGGCAACAUCUACAGGCCACUGGGGUAUCUUUAGGUGGUGUUGAUCUCACAGUUCGGGUGCUCACAACAGGUUAUUGGCCCACUCAGUCAGCCACACCAAAGUGCAACAUCCCACCAGCACCAAGACAUGCUUUUGAGAUAUUCAGAAGGUUUUACUUAGCCAAACACAGUGGUCGACAGCUCACACUCCAACAUCAUAUGGGUUCUGCAGAUCUCAAUGCCACCUUUUAUGGACCAGUUAAAAAGGAAGAUGGAUCUGAAGUUGGUGUUGGAGGGGCACAAGUAACUGGCUCUAAUACGCGGAAGCAUAUAUUGCAAGUCUCCACUUUCCAGAUGACCAUAUUAAUGCUCUUCAAUAAUAGAGAAAAAUACACAUUUGAGGAAAUCCAACAAGAGACAGAUAUCCCUGAAAGAGAACUUGUUAGAGCCCUGCAGUCCCUCGCCUGUGGUAAACCAACACAGCGGGUUCUCACAAAGGAACCCAAGUCAAAGGAAAUAGAAAAUGGUCACAUAUUUACAGUUAAUGAUCAGUUCACAUCCAAACUACACAGAGUCAAGAUUCAAACAGUUGCUGCCAAACAAGGUGAAUCUGACCCAGAAAGGAAAGAAACAAGGCAGAAAGUAGAUGACGACAGAAAACAUGAGAUAGAAGCUGCUAUAGUGCGGAUAAUGAAAUCUAGGAAGAAGAUGCAGCACAAUGUGUUAGUAGCAGAGGUAACUCAGCAGUUGAAGGCUCGAUUCUUACCAAGUCCAGUUGUUAUUAAAAAACGUAUCGAAGGACUCAUUGAGAGAGAAUAUUUGGCACGAACACCUGAGGAUCGCAAAGUAUACACAUAUGUAGCAUAAAAUGCAUUCAGAAACUUGAUUUAUUAUUGGACUGUACUCUUCGCAUGGACUGGGAAGUUCUUUUAAAUCAUUAAAUAUUAAGACGACCAUCUCUUCUAUUAAAUUACAGUACAUGUUUUAGACCAUUCAGAUCAAGCCUUUACUCCCUUUGAGAGUUUUCAACAUCAGUUGAUUGAGCUUCAGGCUUUACAACGUUUAUCCCUGUAGAGAUCAUCUUUACAGUUCCUCGGGAAAAUGUGAAUGUGCCGCGUUUUGUUUUCAAUACUGUAUGAAAACAGGAAAAAAUAAAACAAAAUUUAGAAAAUACAGCUCAUUAAAAUAAAAUUGUUGGAUUUCAUUUC